AUUUAUUGAAUUUACUAACCUCAACAUUAUUCUUCUUUAACGGGCUUCAUGACUAUAAAAGAAUUCUUAGAAACUUCGGUUUUUAUUUUGUUUUGUUUUUACUUAUUAAAGGGAAACACGAGCGCUCGAUAAAAAUCGCCGGAAAUAGAGCAUAAAGUAUCACGAACUAUAUCUCGAUGGUAAUUUAUGACGAAGAAGUUCGAGAAAUAUUAUAUUAAUGUUUUUCUUUCUUAAUUAAUCAAACCUAGAUUUGUCGCGAAAACAGCAGUAUUUUAAAAAUAAAGUCGCCUGCAUGAGCUGAAUUUGAAGAGGAAAGAUGCAAUCCUCAGUAAAAGAAAACAGAUGAAGACACAAUGUAUUGUUGCUAUGUCUUUUCCACACUCAGGUGAAGUUAGUUCCUAAAGAUAAUAGCUACAAACACCAGAGGAUUAACUUUCAGAGAAGUAUAAUUAUACAGGUCAAUGCUUUGCAAAAACGUGUCAUGAUAAUAAUUUCGUCCUCACUGUAAUUAAGAAUUAGCUCAAGAGCGAUUAUUAUCCAAUAAUUUUUACAGUUCAUGCCAGUCUUCAAUUUUAAGUAAAACAAAGACAUCUUGCUACUGUCGCCUAUAGCAACGAAUCCGAUCGCUCCGAUGCCUACGUAAAAACAAAAUUGCGUCAGAUCAUAGUGACGCAGCAACCCCCUCCUCCCCUCCAGAACUCAGGCUCGGGCUGAGUCACCAUGCGACACGUGACACUACAGCAGUGCCAACGAUAUCAAUGUGCAAACUGUUACAGCCAACUACGAUUGACAUUGAAAAUCUUCAACAAGGAUCAAGCACCAGGUGUGCGACAACGAUUCUUUCUACACCGUCAACAAGUAACAUUGUGACACAGUGACAAACACAUCACCAGUCGUAUCGACAUCCAGAAAAAUACCAUAAGCAACUGGAAACCGUUGAUGAUCGUGCUGGAGUCAGCUACAAAGGGAACUGAGGGGGGUAAACGUAUGAGGAGCUUAAGCGGGAACACGUGCAAGAGCAGCCACACAACAAUGGCAAAGAAAAGGAUUUUAGUUAUAUUGGUGUGCACUGUUUUAGUGCUACUCUCCUGGUUUCUAAACAUGCACAAGCUCACCAUCCCCAAGGACCAGACAAGGAUCAAGGUAUACACGCCAAUAUCCUCAGCACCAGUCAAGUCAGCCUUAUCAGCACGUCCUUAUCUUCCCAGCAAUGAGACCAUUAGGAAAAUGUCAGACGUUGAAUUGGAGGAACUGUACUACACGUAUGUGGAAAACAUGGACGUGUUAUGUACCAAGAAGAUUCGUCUGGGUAAUUCUGGCGACGGCGGUUGGGAUGUCUGUGACGACGAGGAGUACCGGCCCCGACCACCAUGUGUGGUGUAUUCAUUUGGGAUCAACAACGACUUUACUUUUGACGAUGCGGUCCUUUCGACAUACGGGUGCGAGGUUCACUCUUUCGACCCAAGCAUGAAGGGAGAAGUAAAGCGCCCAGACCGGAUGUUCUUCUAUAAAAUAGGGAUAGGCGAGAAAGACUUCGUCAACACCAAAGGGAUGGACUAUAAAACCCUGACCUCCAUCAAGGCGCAGCUCAACCACACUAAGGUCAAUAUACUCAAAAUGGACAUCGAGUCCGAUGAGUACAAGGCCCUGCCAAACAUCAUGGAGUCUGGUGAGCUGGAUGUGUCGAUCAGCUACUCUUUGAAAUCCACUUCAAACCGAAAGGCAGUUGAGGAUAGACAGAAUGUUGGAAGGUCUGAAAACUGUUCCGUGGCCUCCGAACCUUGGCUUUCCGUGUCUUCUACACUCACAGGAACGAUGCUUGUAUUAGAUUAAGUCCCAUAACUCAACGUAAACGGACGAUCUGCAACGAAGUGUUUAUGGUGAAUGUUAACCGAAACAAUCAGUAGAGUCAGGAAGAUUUUUUGUAUAUUUCUUUGGGAAGAAGCCUAGAAGGGGUAUAGAUUGCAAA